AUGAAGCAGCAACUCAACGACAACACCAAAUACAUGAAGAGAUUGAAGACAAAGUCGAAGAAAAGUCCCAAGCGCAGCAACAAGCUUCACAGCAAUAAACUCCCGAAGCAUCCUCAGAAGCCUGUGAUUCCGGCACGAAAGGCGCUCACGCGCAAGCGUCACCACAAAAAGGAUACCCUUGACACGGGGAAACGAAACAAACGUCUAGAGCGCACCAAGCGACAGCUUGAGAAAGAAAAUGUUUCAGCGCUUUACGAAGCGAGUAAGCUGCGACAAGAGCUCCGAAAGGAGAAGAGGGCUCUAGCAAAAGAACGAUCAGAGAGAGCUCGACAGAGUUUAGAGAUCGGCCUACUCAGAGACGACAAUAUAGCCGCGCACAAGAACCUGAGUGAAAGCCAGGCUGCCCUAAAAGAAGCUCAAGAGCGAUGUCGUGAGCUGGAGGCUUCUUUGCGAUCACAGGACGAGACCAUUUACGCAGCGCGAGAUCAAUACGCAGAAGAAUCGCCCAUCACCAUAGACGGAAAUUUUGAUGAGGCCAGUGGUCUAGGUGAUAUGACUCCCUCAACGCCGUGCUCUCCUUUCGAGAACAAAUCCAAUGAGUAUGGGCAACACAUUGCUACGCCGCCGCCAAGCCAAAAACGUCGCUCUUCGAUCACAGCUGCCGCAACACCACCAGAGACCCCAGCAGGUGGCCCUUCGAACAACACGACAUGGCUCGCUGGCCAUUUCCCUGUCAUGGAAGACGAAAACUUUGAUCUCGAGAUGGAAGAGAUCAUGCUUGAUCACUUGAAAUCCAUCAGAGUCUUCAGGCGAUUCGAAGGAUUUCUUACGGCUGGACAUGAGAACUCGUGGUUCUGCAUUGAAGAUAUUGCGAAGUAUGGAUACAGCUUCGGUUCUUGGAACGACAAUAUCUGCGAGAACGGAGAGCACGAUGGUGUUCGUUGUAGGCAGGUCAAGGUUAAAGUCGUCGAUUCGGAAAGACGGCUUUGCUUCAAACGUGAUGACAGAGAGAGUCCAAGCUCCUGCCAGGGCGUGUGGAAUGAAACUGGAUGGGAUGACUGGUAG